UUUCAGACGAAUGGGCAUGAUCGUGGACGACAUGAUGCAGAACGACCAAGGGAUGCCUUCCUGCAGGUCACUACCAGGUCUCAGUCCCGGUCAAACGCGGCUCUGUCAGCUGUACAUGGACCAUAUGAACGCAGUCGCGCUUGGUGCCAAACAAGCUCUGGGCGAAUGCAAACACCAGUUCUACAAUCGACGAUGGAACUGCUCCUUGCUAGAAGAUGAUGCUAACGUGUUUGGGCCCGUCAUUACGAUAGCCAGUAGGGAGACUGCCUUCGCCCACGCAUUGGCGGCAGCAGGAGUGGUUCAUUCAGUUUCCAGAGCCUGCCGCGAUGGGCAACUGUCCUCUUGCGGGUGUAGCAGGAUGGGCAGGCCAAAGGACCUCAGGAAAGACUGGGUUUGGGGCGGAUGUGGAGACAACUUGGAAUACGGAUACAAAUUCACGCAGAAUUUUGUGGACGUACGCGAGAAGGAGAGGAAGUUCAAGAGAGGCACUCGUGAGCAGGGACGUGUUUUAAUGAAUUUGCACAACAAUGAGGCCGGCAGAAGGGCAGUUAUAAAAAAGUCCAGGGUCACAUGCAAGUGUCACGGAGUAUCAGGAUCCUGCUCACUGAUCACUUGCUGGCAACAGCUGGCUACUUUUAGAGAAGUUGGUAAGUAG